CCUUCUCCCCCUCCUCCCCCCCCUCCCCCCCCUCCUCCUGAACGCUGAUGUGUAACUAAGUUCUGUCUACAAGUCCACCAAAAAUGUUCAACUUCGGAUCAAAAUUACUUUUGCUGUUUCUUCUGGCUUUUCCCUGCGGGUUGAUAUCCAUCGGCCAUGUCUCAGCACAGUCGGACUCUGCUGAGGACAUCGCUGAGGACAUCGCUGAGGACAUCGCUGAGGAUGCUGAUGCUGCUGUAGAUGAGGAAGAGGAGGAUGAUGAAGAGGCUCUAGUCGAGGAGGAUCAGAUGCAGUCAUCGGAUGGAGACGAAGAUGAGUCAGAAGAAGGUGUCGAUAAACAGCUGGCUUCUCACCCCGAUGCCGACACAACCAUUAUCUUCACCACAGGCGAAGAGUUUCCUGCCAAUGAGAUUGUGAGGUUCCUCGUGGGCUUCACUAACAAGGGGAGCCAGGAGUUCACUGUCCAGUCGCUGGAGGCUUCCUUCCGUUACCCGCAAGAUUUCCAGUUCUAUAUUCAAAAUUUCACAGCCUUGCCCCUGAACACUGUGGUGCAACCCCAGGCUCAGGCCUCCUUUGAGUACUCCUUCAUCCCAGCACAGCCAAUGGCUGGUCGUCCUUUUGGUCUCGUCAUCCUCCUCAACUAUCAGGACAGUGAGAGUAACAUGUUCCAGACUGCCAUUUAUAACCAGACUGUCACCAUCACGGAGAAAGAAGAAGGACUGGAUGGAGAAACGAUGUUCAUGUAUGUGUUCCUGGUUGGACUUGUGGCCCUGAUGCUCUUUGGGAUGUACCAAGUCCUGGAGACCAGGACGAAGAAACGAAUUCCAGUGAAAAUUGAGAAGGGCACCGGUGGGAUGAGUGACGUGGACAUCAGCUGGAUUCCUCAGGAGACUCUUAACGUCAUGAACAAGGCCUCUCCGAAAACAUCUCCACGUAAACGAACCAAGAGGGCAGCAGGAGCUGAUCAAUAGAACUGUCAUGUCGUCCAUCAGGCUUUAAUCCGUCUCCUCACAGUCACCUGAUCUCCGAUCUCAGUAUUUGUUUUUGGAUGUUUGAGCAGUGUGGUGAAAAUCCUUCUGUGGAUGUUUGUUCUUCCUGCUGCAGAUGGGCUCAGUGUGCAGCAGGAUAAGACACUAAAAGGCUUCAUUUGCAAUUCAUUUCUUUAUGUGUGUGUGUGUGUUUCUGUAUGUGUGUGAUUAAUGUAAUGGAAAAAAAUAAAGUGAAGCGGUACAGGCUGAUGAUGUUAGGUAUCUAACACUGGUGUUAGUGUUUAGCCACAUUAGCAUCUUCACGUGUUAACUGUGUUCUCAGAGAGCCUCUGUGCCUUAUCUCUACUGUGACGAGACGCCACAGAUCAAAGGUUCAACAUCCUGUCGGCCGUUUUUUUUUUUUUUUUUUUUUCAAAUAUGGGACUGAUGGCAGCUUUAACAUCAACCAUCAAAACUGUGUUCUCUAGAGAAAUGGCAGAUUCUUUGUAUGUUCUUACCACAAACAGUAAAUCAGAGGAUCAGCCAAGAAUUUCAGACUUUUGUUGUGUGAUAAUGAUGCACUCGUUCAGACUGCAUGACAUUAUUUUUCUAAGAACAAUAAAGGGAUGAACUACCUGG